AUGGCUCUAGCUGAUGAAAGCAAAGAGCAUGGUGUUGGGCCCGUCGCCGCAGUUGAUGUGGAGAAGGCGGAGCUUGCAAGCACAACGGAUGUAUCUACAGAUGUGCCCCUAAACCACAACAAGCUCGAUCAGAGCCGCUUCUCCAUCGCCAACGCGGCGAAUCUAUCUCUCGACGAUGUCGAGCCUACCGAUGUUCAGAUUCGGGGACUUACAAUCACCGUUGAUACUUCUCCCUCAUGGCUUGACCCUUCUACAUAUCCCGAGCUGUUCUCCGCCAAGUUGAAGGCUGCACCAUGCAUCAAGACCCUCUUGCACUCAGUCGAUGCCAAUUUCAAGCCCGGGACACUGACGGCCAUCAUAGGCGGCAGUGGCUCCGGCAAGACUACACUGCUUAACAACCUCGCCGAGAGAGUUGUAAGCUCCAGACUCAGUCAGCAGGGCCUGGCAACAUUCAACGGCCGGGUCGGCGUGAAUAGUGUCCGACAUGCCUAUGUUAUGCAGCAGGAUAUCCUGUUACCGACUCUAACCGUUCGAGAGACCUUGAGAUAUUCAGCCGACCUUCGACUGCCUUCGUCAACCAGUACUGAAGAACGCGAGAGGGUCGUCGAAGAAGUCAUUCGUGAGCUUGGCCUCAAAGAGUGUGCCAACACUCGCAUAGGAAAUAGCCAACACCGUGGAUGUUCCGGAGGUGAGAAGAGACGUGUGAGCAUUGGUGUCCAGCUCUUGGCAAACCCAUCCGUGCUAUUCCUCGAUGAGCCGACCACUGGUCUCGACGCAACAAGUGCAUUCCAACUUGUACGAACCUUAAAAUCAUUGGCACAAAAGGGUAGAACCGUCAUCACCACAAUCCAUCAGCCCCGAUCAGAGAUUUGGGAUCUAUUCGACAAUCUGGCCAUCUUGUCCAAGGGCAGCCCCGUAUUCUCCGGACCCGUCUCUGAAUGUCUCCCUUGGUUCAAGGAGCUUGGAUAUCAACUACCGCUUUUCGUCAACCCUGCAGAAUUCGUCAUUGACAUUGCUGCCGUGGACAAUCGCACCACUGAGCUAGAAGAAGAAACUUCAACUCGCCUCGAGAGACUGAAAGCGGCAUGGAAGGUAGAAAGCGAAAGUCGAUUUCCACCUAUACAAGACAUUGCCGUGAUGGGGAAACGCAAGAAGCGCCCGCAGGCGGCGAGGCAUGCAGGGUUCUUUCGCCAAGUACGAAUCCUGACGGACCGGACUCUGAAAGUCACAUACCGAGAUCCUCUCGGCAUGACGGCAUCUCUGUUGGAAGCUGUCAUCAUGGGAGUUGUGGUUGGUUACUUGUUUUUCAAUCUCGGCCGUGAUCAGGCUGGUAUUCGAUCUCGCGAAGGCCUCCUCUAUAUCGCCACUGGUCUUCAAGGCUACUUGAUUCUCAUGUUCGAAACGUAUCGCUUAACCAUCGACAUCCCAACAUUCGAUCGCGAGUCAUCAGAGCACUGCGUCGAUGCUGUACCGUAUAUCCUAUCUCGGCGGUUGGCCCGUCUCAUUACAGAGGAUUUCCCGGUGCCAUUCUUGUUUUCUCUCAUCCUAUAUUUCAUGGCUGGAUUCGAUCAUAAUGCCGAAAAAUUCUUCACUUUCUUUAGUAUCGGCUUUGUCAACCAUUAUGUUUGCGUCAUGUGUGCUUUUACAUGCGUGGUGGCGGUGAGGCACUUCCCUGGGGCCAGUUUGAUUGCCAAUUUUGCCUUCACAAUGCAGAGUAUGGCAUGCGGUAUGUUCAUACAAAGUAAUACUAUCCCGGUUUACGUUCGGUGGCUGAAAUGGAUUACUUGGUCGUUUUAUACCUUUGGAGCAUACUGUGGAAAUGAGUUCCAAGGAAGUUUUUACGACUGCCCUGAGUCGGGUGGCCCUUCAAAUCCAGCCUGUCUUCAGUAUACCGGAGAAUUCAUCAUGUCUUCCCUUGGCUUCCCCAGAAAUUGGGUUGCACGCCCUAUUGUCUGUCUUGCAUCAUUUGUCGUCUUUUUCUUCAUCUUAUCAGCUAUUGGGCUGCAUUAUAUAAAAGUCGAAAUGACCAUUGCUCGAUCACGAGUUUCAGAUACAGACUUGUCAGCCGGAAAAGAGAAGAUGACAGCACGAUCUAUUGCAGAAGUUCGGACCAUUGAUGUCGAGUUGGAAAACUUCUCUUUAGAUCUCGAUAAACGAGCAUUAAAUGGCAAGAAAUUGCCACGCAAGAAUAUUCUUCAGCCUAUAAAUGUGAAUUUUCAGGCUGGUACUCUGAAUAUCAUUAUGGGCCCGUCUGGAAGUGGGAAAACAUCGCUUCUCAAUUCAAUGGCACUGCGACUGCGCAACUCGAUUGGCACUCACUAUCGUCCGUCUGGGAAAAUGUCAUUCAACGGCGCAGUUCCAUCCGCUUCGGUUGUUCGAUCUGUUUGCUCCUAUGUCUGCCAAGAUGACGAUGCUCUUUUGCCCUCAUUGACGGUUCGUGAGACGUUGCGAUUUUCCGCUGCACUGCGACUGCCAUCCUUUAUGAGCAAAGAGGAAAAGUACCAACGCGCUGAGGAGGUGCUCAUGAAGAUGGGGUUGAAAGAUUGUGCGGAUAACCUGAUAGGUAAUGAUUUGGUCAAAGGUAUCUCAGGAGGAGAGAAGCGGAGGGUAUCCAUUGCUGUACAGGUUCUCACAGAUCCUCGAAUACUCCUCCUUGACGAGCCAACGUCUGGAUUGGACGCGUUCACCGCGAGUUCGAUAAUGGAAGUUCUGCAGGGUCUUGCAAACGAAGGCAGAACGCUCAUUCUUACCAUUCAUCAACCCCGAUCAGAUUUGUUCAAGCACUUUGGCAAUGUACUGCUCCUCGCUCGUGGCGGCUCCCCAGCCUAUGCUGGUCCUGCGAAGGAUAUGCUUAAUUACUUUAGCAGGCAGGGGUACCAGUGUCCGCAACACUCAAACCCGGCGGACUUUGCCUUGGACAUGAUUACCGUCGAUCUGCAACGAGAUGAUAGAGAGGCAGAGAGCAGGGAGCGAGUGGGAAAACUCAUCGAGCACUGGAAGAAACACUCAUCGGGAGAAGAUAUGUCUCGACUUCCGGGGAUUAUUGAGACCGAUGAGAUGGACGAAAAGAAGACAUCCCAUGAUGAUAUCAACAUAGUAGCGUCGAAAGAGUCGGAACGUCCACGUAAAUCUUUCAAUAAAGCCAAUCUUUCAACGCCAGCAGAACUCGGCGCCCUUGUCCACGAACCAGCUUCCCUCACCACCGCCUUACCUUUACUCCUACAUCGUGCCGCCAUCAACACACGCCGCCAGCCUCAGCUCAUCAUGGCUCGCACGAUGCAAGUGGUGGGAUUGGCCAUCAUCUUCGCCCUCUUCUUUGCACCGCUGCAUCAUGACUACUAUGCAGUGCAAAACUGGAUGGGUUACAUUCAGGAAGUCGGUGCCUUUUAUUUUGUCGGAAUGCUGCAGAACGUGGCCAUCUAUCCAACCGAACGAGAUGUCUUUUAUCGAGAAGACGACGAUGGAGUGUAUAGUGUUGAUGCAUUCUUGCUUUCUUAUACAAUCCUCGAAGUUCCCUUUGAGAUUCUCAGCUGCUUGAUUUUCGGCAUCUUAAUGUGUCUCGCUGUCGGUCUUCCCAGGACAGCAACCAUGUAUUUUGUCUCAGUAUUUGGCUGUUUUGGUAUAGUUUCAUGUGGCGAAAGCCUUGGCAUCAUGUUCAAUACUGUCGUCAGCCACAUCGGUUUCGCAGUCAACAUCAUGGGUAUGUUCCUCUCAAUUGCUAACGCCAUGGCUGGUAUCCUUUCUAUCGAUGCUCCAAAGGCCUUCAAGGCGUUGAACUACCUCUCGCCUAUCCAGUAUUCUCUGCGCGCCAUCGCCCCUUAUGCCCUUCGCGAUGAGAAAUUCUACUGCAAACCGGAGCAGCUGCUUGCAGAUGGUACGUGCCCAAUUGAAACAGGUAAGCAAGUGCUUCAGCUGUAUGAUUUCGACGACAAUCCGGUGGUGAACGUGGCAGCUUUGGCGGGAUGCGUCGUUGUAUAUCGGCUGUUGGCCUGGCUUUUGCUGAAACUGGCGAGAGCACGAUGGAGCAGCUCCAGGAAGUAG